GCCUCCAUCCCACAGAUUUCAUCCUCACAUGACGGAGCAAAAGAAAAAUACUGCAAAACAAAAAAAAAUGGCUGUAAGGGAUCUGCAGUCUAUGGAGAUGGUUGUUGGGCCUCUGAAUGAUGGAAUUAUUUCUCUCUGUUAUGUCUGCAAGCAUCUUUUGGAUGCACAAGUAGAUCCAAAUACUGGCAUAUGCUUCAAUUAUAGACAAAUCAGAAGACAUAUUGAGUACGCUGAGCAGCACAUUGCAAGAUCAGAGAAAACUAUUAAAGUAAAACUGCAAAAUCUGGAUGAACGUAUGGAGCAACUUAUUAAAGAACAGGGAAAUGCUGAGCAGCAGAGGCGGCAGAAACGCCAGACCAAGAAUGAAUUGCAUAUCGAGAAGGAUUCUGCUGAGGAAUCAUUAGAGAACUCUAGAGCAGCUUUGGAGCAGGCCAAAAAAAACGUGGCUUCAGCUAAAAAAGAAAAAGAAAGAGAGAUGCUCAGGGCGGUUAAAGGUGGAGUCGUAAUGAAUGCAGCAGCAUGUGUUAGCAUAAUACCAAUUGUUGGAUGGCUUGUGGGUCCAGAUAUAAUGAUUGAUGGAUUUCAUACAAUGGCACAUGCUUUAAAUGCUAUGAUGGAUGCUAAAGACGAUCUUGAAGAAAAUGAGUCCAGAGUGGGGAAGUACAAGAGAAAAGUGUCUGAUUAUCAGUCCAAGAUCUCUAAUAUAGAGAGUGAGAUUGAAGAAACUGAUGAGUUGCUGGAUAAAAUUCAGAGUGAGAUUGAAGAGGUGAAGCAGCAUCUGGAUUACACCGCUGAUAUUCAGGAGAUGGUGAGAAAAGCUGUGAAUCUUCUUAGCAUUGUCAGUGGAAGAGUCACUGCUCUGCAGAGGCAAACCCGACGCUUCAUCCUCUGGGAGCCUGUGAUAAAGGUGAUGGAAGAAGUGAUGAAGGCGGUCGCAAAUGUUGCAGAGAAUCGUCUCCUUUAUAAUCAUGGUGUGGGAGGCCUCAUGCGUAUUUUGUUGGAGACUAUUGGAGGAAUGCUGGCUUUGUGCUCCUCACCCACACAUUUUGAAGAGUAGUUCUUUUACUGAUCAAACUUAACUGUCACACUUUAUUUUGAUGGUCUGUUGGUUGAAUUUAAGUUACAUUGCAACUAAUUCUCAUAGAUUAUAAGUAGACUGUUAGGUUGGGUCAGGGUAAGUGUAAGUUGACAUGUACUUGCAAAGUUUCUUAUAGUCAUUUAAAUGUCUGUUGAAGAAACAAGAUAUUACGCAGACAGUCCACUAAUACUCAAAUAGAUCAUCAAAAUACCAUCAACUAAAUAUUACUGAUAUAAGAAUACAACCCAUGCCCAUUUAUUACACCAUUAAACACACAAACUUGUCUUCAAGCAGUAUUAACUAAACUUCUCUUGAAUAAAACUUUUGCUUUUU